AUCCUCAAUUUUUUAACAUAUUCCUCAGGCUGAAAAAAUCGACGGCGAUCAGUUCUGUGAAACUUUAAAAAGCUUGUUACUAAAACAAGUACCUACCUUUAAAAGAGUCAAACCAUUUAUGGCAACUUGCGAAUCGGAACAGUUAUUUAAAACGGAUAGUCUUGUAGACACCAAAAUCCAUGUCGGUGGGUUAGGUAUGGACUAUGGAUAUCCUGAGAAUUCAAAGCGAUCUAAAGAUAAAAGCAAGACAAAACUUUGGAAGUUAUACUUUCAAGAGAACGGUCGGAACUUGACCAUGGUAAAAUUACCCACCUUUGGAAAACUUGUUCGGGUGGGCUUACCCAACUCAUUAAGAGGUGAAAUAUGGGAAGCUGCCUCAGGUGCCAUGUACCUGCGUUUUGCUAAUCCAGGCGUAUACCAUGAAAUACUCGAGAAGUACAAAGAUCAAGCUUCCUUAUCCACCGAAGAGAUUGAGAAAGAUUUAAACAGAUCGCUUCCUGAAUACCCAGGCUAUCAGAGCACAGAAGGCAUUAAUCGUCUAAGACGUGUGCUCACCGCUUACGCUUGGAAGAAUCCUGAAUUAGGCUAUUGUCAAGCCAUGAAUAUUGUAGUAUCAGCCCUCUUAAUUUACACGACUGAAGAGCAGGCCUUUUGGAUCCUGCAUAUUCUCGUCGACCGCAUGUGUCCCGGUUAUUACAGUACCAACAUGUAUGGCGCCUUAUUGGAUCAGAUCACAUUUGAGCAGCUUGUAGAAAAGACUAUGCCACUUUUAUGGUCCCAUUUCAAAAAGACCAAUGUCGAGCUCUCUGUCGCUUGUCUCCCUUGGUUUCUCAGUUUGUAUAUUAACUCAAUGCCCUUGGAAUUUGCUGUACGUGUGCUGGAUAUUCUAUUUAUGGAAGGCCCAAGGAUUUUAUUUCAAAUUGGAUUGGCAAUACUAAAGAUAAAUGGCGAAGAGCUUUUGCAGACAAGAGACGAUGGUGCCUUUUUAGAUAUUUUGAAGAAUUUCUUUCACUAUAUCGGUCAACUGGAAGAUAACGGCCGGCAUACAAAAUUAACAAAAUUCAAUGAAGUCAUGUUGACUGCGUACCGAGAGUUUUCUCUUGUGACUGAAGAACUGGUGAUAGAACUACGUAGUCAAAACCAGUUAAAAGUCGGUGCCGGCAUCGAAUCCUUUACAAAACGGACCGUCAUUAGGCAUUUGGACGACAUGGCUACUUUUAACAAGGAAGAAAUCGGUAUCCUCUACGACAAAUUCUUUGCCGCACUCUAUUAUGCUAAUCACGAAGUGGGUGGUAAACCAGAAUCAAAGAUGGAUAGAGAGACUUUUGGCAGUAUGCUAGCUUCCAUGACAUCUUGGGCAAGAAAAGUCCCUGUUAAUGACUCUCCAGACGAACACGCCGCUAGAGACGUCCGUAACAGCUUUUUAGAUCGCCUCUAUAACGUCUUUAUCGCGGACGCUCCUGAUCACCUGGUAGAUUUUCAACACGCUGUGCUGGGCAUGAGCGAAAUUUUACACGGGGACUUGAUGUCGCAUAUGGAUUGGUUUUUUAAUCUUUAUGAUGAGGAUAGAGACGGAAUUUUAAGAAGCAACGAUAUCAUCAACAUGAGUAAGGAACUUUACUGGUUAUUGAGUAUACUGAAAGAUACGGAUAUUGCUUGGGAUGCUGUCACAAGUCUGGUUGUACACAGUUGCGAGCAGUCGGACAUUGCAAAGGGAGAUCAACCCGAUGAAGCUACACUGACACAUCGAUUGGCAGAUUUAACCAUGACAGCCGACGGCGAAUCCUUCCAUGGACGUAUAAAGCAGCUCCAAAACGCUUUAUUAGCAGACAUAGUGGAUAUCACUUUACCUUCAUUCCGUAUGGUUGUACUUACGAACGAAUCCUUAGAAAUGCUGUUUGAUCAUGGAUUUACGAACAGCUUCAAGCUGGUGAAAUCUGCAGCUGAUCGUCAAAAGAGUCUAGGCAGAGAGUUGUUUGAGAACUUAUUUGCUGACGGACAAAAGUUAGCCAAGGACGCACCUAAAUUACACUCACCCAUCUCCAAACAGAAAUCAACAGCUUCCUUGAAUUCGAGUCCGAGUGGAAGUCCUUCCUCUGGUAGACUGAGGGCGUCUUCUACCGCUUCCAUGAGACCAGGCGAUCAAACGAACGAAGAAUUAGAAGUAGAUACGCUGAUGGAUGAAUGGGUGCAUUUUGACGUUUAGAAAAAGUUAUUUGUUUGCAUUUUUUUUUUUAUUGGCAUGUAAUAAAAAAAGUUUUUUUUUUUUGGCUAUUGUGUGACC